GCAGCGAGGAGAGAAAAAAACCCAAAGGCAGAGAGAGCGCUAAAUAAGCACGGCCAUGCCGAUCCUGCACGGUUAAUGCUGAAAACAAGGCCGGCGACGGUCACUGCUGCUGCAGCACAAUCUUUGCAAUGCUUAGAAAAUAUAUACCCGGUAAAAUAGAUUCUCAUUCGUCUUUUAAUAGUAGCGUAAAGAGUGUCAGAACAGAUGAGGAUGAAGGGCCGCCAUGUUGCACCAGGAACUUUUCAUGCAAAGGCAUAAACCAACUAGGGAGUGAUUUUUGUUUCCGGGAGGAAGGGAGGUAUGUAGACUCUUUUAGCAACUGACUGAAGAAAAGAUCGGUAGAUUCAAUGAACUGUCAUUUUGCAAAGCGAAAGAGCACGGGAUCUGAAUGCAAUCAGAAGGAAGGUUAAGUGCUGUUGGCAGGGAGUUCCAACAUCCUUAUCCAGGAACAGAAAAAGAUACAUUUGGAGUUAAUUUCCAAAUCAGGAUGCCGUGCAACUCGGAGGGGACUUGUUCCAAUAUGCCUGUUGCCCUUAUUCUUCACAGUAAGAAGAGGUUAAAGGCUUGAGAAAUCCUGUCAGAACAGUCUUGGUGGAAAAUAAGGAAAGAUGGAUCAUGCCUGUGACUAUAAAUUGACAGUGGGUACCACUCUGCCCUUUAAUAAUGCGCAACAAUUUUCAACUACACUGGGUUUCAAUGUUUCAGAGAGCAAUGGGCCAAGCAGCAGGACUGGUCAGAACAUUUGUGGAAGAGAAAACUCUAAUCUUCAGGAUGGUGGUGGUGUUCAGCAGUCAAUUGAUUCACAGGAUGAUGCAAAACCUACAUUUAAUGGACAUGCGUCAGCACGAUCCUAUAUUCCACUACGCAAACUGCAAGAUUUAGCUUCUAUGAUUCCUACUGGAUUCUCUGAGCCUACAGAGAAAAAACAAUGGUCUGAGUCCCUUGAGAAUUCUAUGACCCAGGACUGUUGUACAAUUGACAGAGUUGGUCACUCUUGCUCAGAAACAGGGUUUCCACUCGAUGCUUCACCAGAAUUGAAGUUAAAAAUAACUAAAUUGGUUAUGAAUGGAAAAAUGAUGUUUGAAUCAAGCAUUUGCAGUGAGAUGGAAAAAGAGGAUGAAAAGGAUUCUGAAGAGCAACUUGCUAACAUAAAAGAGGUAGAAAUACCAGAAUUCCACAGAGCAAAAAGAAUGAGAAAGAAAAAUAUUAAAUAUAGUCCUUCCCAUGAAUCUGAACAGAAAGAAGACAAUCCAAUGGAUUUUUAUUCUUCAGUUUCUGUGGAACAAAAAAAGAAUUCUGUUGGAAGACGAAAAAAGGUGAUUCCUGUGAAGUUUGAGAUUGGAGAUUUGGUCUGGGUGAAGUUCAGCAGACGUCCUUGGUGGCCCAGUGCAGUCUGUGUUGAUCCUGUACUGAAGAUUCACACCAAGAUGAAGGAUCCAAGCAGAAGGCCUUGUCGACAAUAUCAUGUUCAGUUUUUGGGCAUCUUUAUUGAGCAUGCAUGGGUUGCUUCAGCAGUGGUUGAACCAUUUGAAGGAAGAGAUCAGUAUGAACUGCUGGUGCAAAGGAAUGCCAAAAAUGCAGAAAGUGAUGCACAGAGAAAUAAGAUAUCUAUUAAACUACAUGCUCGAUGGGAAGCUGGUGUUAAUCAGGCAGAAGAAGCAUUUUCAAUGUCUCCCGAGGACAGAAUAUCCAAAUAUUGUCGAAUUGGUGAAUCAAGCUUACUGCAGAUUGCUGCAAAUGAAACUUUUGAUGCUCAAUACAAUUCAAAGUCCAAGGUGCUACAUAAUUCAGCUGUCUCUAGCAGUCAAUCCAAAGGAUCUGAAAACUGUUUCCCUUCAUGUACAAAUAGGGAAAGCAAGAGGAUUAACAACUCGACUACCGGGUGUCCUUCUGACUGUAAAACCAGAAAAGGAAUGAGAAACAAGUUCUUAAAACCCAAAGUUCUUAUCAAAGAAUCUGCUUUGUGCAUAAACAAUACAAGGAAUGAUACCCCAGAGAACUCUGCGACCUUUUUAAACGGCUUUGUCGAGCAAUCAACUGAGAUGGUUUCGGGCACAACUCCAAAAUCCAACUGUAUUGUUGAACGUUCUUCAACCCAUAAUAAUAUCAUAAGUACAUCAGAGAUUGUUUCAGCUGCAACUGCAGUAUUAAACUGGUCAGAUGAAGGAAUUCAUAAAGAAUCAUUUAAUGUUGGAAAUGGUACCACUUCAAUUGAACACAAGACAAAAACGAAUUCUGAACAUUAUGGUGUCAGUAAUGGGACUGGAGCUCAGUUUGAAGUCACCUGCCAGAAUACACAGAUACAAACACAGGAUGCAGACCAUUGUAUCCAACAAAUGGAUGAGCUGGUACUCACCCACGAUGUUGAAGAGAAAUCUGAACCUAUACUGUGGAAAAGAAUGGACCAGGCACAGUCCAGUAUUACAGAACUGAAACACACCUUUCCAUUAGGUAAACGACAAAGGAAACCCAGUAAAAAACUUCUGGAAUCAACAGAAGAUUAUGAACAAUUGUUUAUUUCAAAAAAGAAACCUUCCUUUCAACAGGGCACAUCAAACUGUUUAGAAAAAACAAUUUGUCAAACACAAAUACAAGAUUUUAAAAGCUGCAAGAAUGAAUUAAAGAAGCGACGACACAAAAGAAAUUUGACUGAUCCACAGACAUCUGCAAAGGAGAAAACCCUGCCUAAAAUUGAAAAUGAUUCAGCCUUGUCAAAAUCUAUUCUCUGCCAAUCCUUGCCCAUACAGCUCGCUCACUCAACACCAACAGUAAAACCAGCCACAUUCAAACCUAUGCCAAAACUGUGUGCAGUCAUGCCCUGUGCAGAGGGUGACCAGUCCUCUCUUUGUAGAGAAGUUGCCCAGCCCUCGCCCGACACAGAGGGUGUCCAGUCCUCGCCCUGCCGGGAUGAAACCCAAUCCUCUCUAGGUGGUGAAGGUACCCAGUCCUCUCCGUGUGGGGAGGUUGCCCAGUCAUCGCCCUGUGGGGAGGGUGCUCCAGCAUCGCCCUGUGGGGAGGGUACUCCAGCAUCGCCCUGGGGGGAGAGUGCCCCCGUGUCGCCCUGUGGGAAUGGUGCCCUAGCGUUGCCCCUAGGGGAGGGUGCACUGUCCUCGUCCUGCGGGGAGAUUACGCCGACGUCGCCUAGCAGGGAGAGUGUUCCUGUGUCGCCCCACAGGGAGGGUGCUGCACUGUCGCCCUGUGGGGAGGGUGCACUGGCCUCGCCCUGCGAGGAGGAUAGCCUAACAUCACACAGCAGGGAGAAUGUCCCUACGUUGCUCCACGGGGAGGGUGCUCCUGCGUCGCCUCGUGGGGAGGUUGCUCCAGCGUCGCCCCACAGGGAGUGUGCCCCAGUCUCGCCCCACAGGGAGUGUGCCCCAGUCUCGCCCCACAGAGAGGGUGCCCCUGGGGAGGGUGCCCCUGCGUCACCUAGCGGGGAGGGUGCCCCGGGCCUGACCAUGAUACAAGAAUCUCAGUCUAAAAUUCAAUUAAGAAAAUCCAAGUUAGAAGGUGGAUGUAUGGAGUCCGUUUGUCAAAGGGAACAAUCGCAGUCCAUUCCUGCUGAUGAUCUAUUUCAGUCCAUGAGAGCAGGAGAGCAAUACCAGUGCACUCGUACGGAGGCACAGUGCCUGUCUGCAUCGACAGCAGAUCAGUCCCCUUCCAAGAUUGCAGAAUAUCAAUCCCAGUUUUUGCCAGCAAAUGCACAAUUCCAUACUUCGUCUGUGAAGGAAGGUUUGUCUAUUACAGUCACAGAAUGUCACCAGUCCUUAGAGGCAGAAGAACAAUCUAUUCUCCCUCCUGCUCCAAAGCAAGCAGAUUCACGGAAGUGUAAAAAGAACAACAGUCUUCAAAACCGGUGGCAUCGUAGAAGCAGUCUGCAUAAGCGACAAGUUUAUCCUGUACUACAACCUCUACAUAGGGCUAAAGCUGAAACAAUGCGACAGACCACGUCACCUGGAAAUACUGAUGGAAAACGUCAGAGAAAACCUACUAAGAAGCUGUUGGAAUCAACAGGAGAUUUUGAUCAGCUGUUUAUUCCAAAGAAAAAAUUAAAACGUGACUUUCUUCAUUCAUUUAAGCCUUCCCUGCAGUCUGAAGCCAGAAGUUCAAAGAAGGUUCAAGCCACGGUAGAUAAUCCUGUAGUACAGUCUGUGAAAUGCCAUUUAGGUGAAAAUAGUAUCUCAAGCAGAAGAACGGUUUGUAAAAGUGAAAAGAAGCUUCCACAGAUAUUAUCUUCCAAUAAGGACCAAAUUCGACUGAGGUCUGGAAGUGAAAAAAAGAAUGAUAAUCAGUCAGAUUCUGCUGAUGAAAAUGACUUGGAUGGAUUUCUAUCAACGUCAAGGAAAGCACAAGUGGAACGUGGUGGAGGGGCUGCUAAGAAAGAAAAUGUUUGUCAGCUUUGUGAGAAACCUGGGGAACUACUGCUUUGUGAAGGUCAAUGCUGUGGUGCCUUCCACUUAACGUGCCUCGGUUUAACCAAAAUGCCUGAAGGAAAGUUUAUGUGCAGUGAAUGUACUACAGGUAUUCACACUUGCUUUGUAUGUAAAGAAAAUGAGAAAGAUGUGAAGCGAUGUCUUAUGCCACUCUGUGGAAAGUUUUAUCACAUGGAAUGCAUUCAGAAAUACCCCCUCACCAUUCUGCAAAACAAAGGAUUCAGAUGCUCAAUCCAUGUCUGUCUAUCUUGUUAUGCCUGCAACCCUUCCAACCCAAGAGCAACCAAAGGUCGAAUGAUGCGCUGUGUCCGCUGUCCUGUUGCUUAUCACGCCAGUGAUAAUUGUCUGGCAGCUGGAUGUGUAGUCCUGGCUUCAAACAGUAUCAUCUGUACCAACCACUUUGCUGCAAGGAGGGGCUGCAGGCAUCAUGGGCAUGUCAAUGUCAGCUGGUGCUUUGUAUGCUCGGAAGGUGGCAGCUUGCUUUGCUGUGAGUCAUGUCCUGCUGCAUUUCACCGCGAGUGCCUGAACAUUGAGAUGCCAAAAGGGAAAUGGUAUUGUAAUGAUUGUAAGGCUGGCAAAAAGCCACACUAUAAGGACAUCAUCUGGGUAAAACUUGGUCGUUACAGGUGGUGGCCUGCUGAAGUUUGUCAUCCAAAAAAUGUACCUACAAAUAUCCAAAAGAUGAAACAUGAAAUUGGCGAGUUUCCUGUCCGCUUCUUUGGCUCCAAUGAUUACUUCUGGACCUACCAGGCACGAGUGUUCUCGUAUAUGGAAGGGGACAAAGGGAGUAAAGACAAAAAAUGCAAAGGUCUCAACACUGUCUUUAAAAAAGCACUACAAGAAGCAGCGGAAAGAUUUGAGGAGCUGAAAGCCCAAAGAGAGAUGAGGCAGGCGCAAGAGGACAAGCGGAAUGAGAAAAAACCACCACCAUACAAACAUAUCAAGGUAAACAAGGCCGUGGGCAAAGCUCAGAUCUACACUGCUGAUCUCUCCGAGAUUCCACGAUGUAAUUGUAAGACAACUGAUGAGAAUCCCUGUGGGGUAGAUUCUGAAUGUCUGAAUAGAAUGUUAAUGUAUGAAUGCCAUCCAGCCGUCUGUCCUGCAGGUGAAAAAUGUCAGAACCAGUGCUUCACCAAACGGCAGUAUCCUGAAGUGGAAAUUUUAAGAACUCCAGGGCGAGGAUGGGGUUUACUUGCAAAAUAUAACAUUAAGAAGGGAGAUUUUGUGAAUGAGUAUGUGGGUGAGAUAAUAGAUGAGGAGGAAUGUUAUGCUCGAAUCAAAUAUGCACAGGAACAUGACAUCAUCAACUUCUACAUGCUUACUCUUGAUAAGGAUCGGAUAAUUGAUGCAGGCCCAAAAGGAAAUUAUUCCCGCUUCAUGAAUCAUAGCUGUAAACCAAACUGUGAGACACAGAAAUGGACAGUAAAUGGUGACACUCGAGUUGGACUGUUUGCUUUGUGUGAUGUUGCAAUUGGAUCAGAGCUGACAUUUAAUUAUCACCUGGAAUGUUUGGGCACUGGGAAGACUGCAUGUAAAUGUGGAGCUCCAAACUGCAGUGGCUACUUAGGUGUGCAGCCUAAGAAUAUACAAAGUUCCACAGAUGAAAAGAAGGUAAAGAAAAGGCAAAUGCUUCCAAGAAAGCGUAAGCAGCGGUCUGAAUUAGUGAAGGAUCACGAGGAAGAAUGUUUCCGUUGUGGAGAUGGUGGGCAGCUCGUUAUCUGCAAGAAAUCUGGGUGUCCAAAGGUGUAUCAUGCUGAUUGUCUGGUCUUGAAUAAGCGUCCUGCUGGUAAAUGGGAAUGUCCAUGGCAUCAGUGUGACGUGUGUGGGAAAGAGGCAGUCUCUUUCUGUGAGCUGUGCCCCAGUUCUUUCUGCACGGAUCAUAGGGACGGAGCACUCUUCAUCUCCAAACUAGACGGCCGACUUAGCUGUAAUGAACAUGAUCCAUGUGGCCCAGUUCCUUUGGAACCAGGAGAAAUUAGAGAGAUUAUGCCACCACCUAACAGCCAUGUAUUACAUACCUUUCAAUCAUCAGAUUCCAUGCAUAUUCGGUGAAUGGAGUGCCUAUUUAUGGUGUUCCUCUGAAAGUAGUGUGCAUGUGUGCACAAAUAGGUGGAGUCAACUUGGUUGACAGGUGCAAGGUGCAUAAUUCCAAUAGCUGUUGGUUACUUGUACUGAGUUAAAUGAACUUGGACAGAUGUAAACUUGAACCACAUGCUCAUUUUCCCAAUAUCCUCAGAACAAUUAUACUUGGAUUUAUACCUGGGGCAUAAGAGGCAUGGCCAGAUCAUGCAAGAAUUUUGGUUAAAACUACAGCAAGGCCAGUUAUUUUUUUUGAACCCAGUGAACCUAGUUAUGUGUAGCCUUUUAAUGUAUCGUGGUAUAAUGCUCACUUAACAUAGGAUCAGUAAAUUCAUCUAGCAUGUUUUUGGCAUUGUAUGCUCAGUCUAGUUCCAUUCCUAGAAGUAGGUGAUCACUGAACGGAGUAGUUGCCAUGUGUUGUAAUCAAUGCAUCUUGUGGAAUAGUAACUUCAAUUCAUUGAUUAAAUCUGCUUUCUCCUA